AUGAAGACAAUCUUUGACAGGGAGAGCUCGAAGAGUAUUUGGGACUCGAUGAGACAGAAAUAUCAAGGUACUACUAGAGUGAAGAGGGCACAUCGGCAGGCCUUAAGGAAAGAGUUUGAAGUUCUCCAGAUGCGAGAAGGAGAAAAGGUGGACGAGUUUUUUGCUCGGACACUCACAAUUGUCAACAAGAUGAAGGUUCAUGGGGGUGCAAACAUGACACAAGUUGAAAUCAUCAAGAAAAUUUUGAGGUCAAUGACCUCAAAAUUUGAUUAUGUUGUGUGCUCAAUUGAGGAAUCCAAUAACUUGGAUACGCUGACGUUAGAUGAGCUACAAAGCAGCCUCCUUGUUCAUGAGCAGAGGUUGAAUCAUCAUACUGGAGAUAUAAAAGAAGAACAAGUUUUAAAGGUUUCUCAUGAGGAAUAG